CCUGAAAUACUAGGUCAUCAUUAAUAACUAAAGAUUAAAAAAGGAAAAUGAAAAAAAUAGAAAGAAGAAAGCAGCAAUAACUGCCACAUGCAUUAGGCUGCUUAGUUAUCUUCUUUGUUUCAUCUAAAUACUCUCUCACGCAACUCUAACACCAUACUCUGGUGUCUUUCUCCUUCUCCCAAAAAUCUCAAUGACUCACUCAAAAUCAAAACCCAAAAAAACCCUAGUUUCUCUCUCUAGACUCUUUCUUUCUUUCUCUCUCAUCCUACACACCGCCAUUGCCGACGAUGGCGUCUUCAUGUCGAAGCUAUCAAAAUCCCUUAACCCAACUCCUUCAGGGUGGUCGUCGAGCACCUUCUGCAACUGGACCGGUGUCAAAUGUGACGACUCAAACCGCGUCACAUCGAUCAACUUAGCUUCCAAGUCACUCAGUGGAACACUACCUUCCGAUCUAAACUCGCUCUCUCAACUCACUUCCCUUUCUCUACAAUCCAACUCGCUCUCCGGCGCGUUACCUUCACUCGCUGAUCUCUCCAUGCUUGUAACGGUUUUCCUCGGAAGCAAUAACUUCACUUCGAUAACCGAUGGUUGCUUUAACGGACUCACGAGUCUCCAGAAACUCUCCAUUUCCCAAAAUAUCAACCUCGCACCGUGGACGAUUCCAACUGAGUUGAAUCAGUCUUCGAACAUUGUUGAACUCGACCUCGGUGAAACGAACCUCGUUGGUUCCUUGCCGGAUAUAUUCGUUCCCUUGGUUAGUUUGCAGGAUCUUCGUCUUUCUUAUAAUAACCUCACCGGAGAUUUACCUAACUCGUUUUCCGGAUCCGGGAUUCAGAAUUUGUGGCUCAACAAUCAGCAUGAUGGGUUUGGUUUUACUGGUUCAAUCGACGUGCUUUCUUCGAUGACUCACUUGACUCAAGUGUGGUUUCAGAAGAACAAGUUCACCGGUCCAAUUCCUGAUUUGUCAAAUUGUACUAAUUUGUAUGAUCUUCAGCUUCGUGAUAAUCAAUUAACUGGUGUUGUUUCACCUUCUUUGAUGAGUUUAUCUAGUUUGCAGAAUGUUUCGUUGGAUAACAAUAAGUUGCAGGGUCCUUUUCCUUCUUUUGGGAAAGGUGUAAAGGUUACUCUUGAUGAUGGGAUCAAUAGCUUUUGUAGAAAUACGCCUGGACCUUGUGAUCCUAAGGUUACUACUUUGCUUGAUAUUGCUGCUGAUUUUGGGUAUCCGAUUCAGUUGGCUAGUUCUUGGAAAGGGAAUGAUCCUUGUCAAGAUUGGAGCUUCGUUGUUUGUUCAGGAGGGAAGAUUAUUACAGUUAAUUUAGCUAAGCAGAAUUUGACUGGAACUAUUUCACCUGCAUUUGGGAAUUUAACUGAUUUGAGGAAUUUGUAUCUAGGUGGUAAUAAUUUGUCGGGUUCUAUACCGGGGAGUUUGACUGGUUUGGCACAACUUGAGGUUUUUGAUGUGUCUAACAAUAAUCUAUCCGGAGAGGUUCCUAAGUUCUCAGAUAAAGUUAAGUUCAAUUCUGCCGGUAAUGUUUUGCUUGGGCCUUCUGGAGGUGGUGGAGGAAGUGGAACUACUCCACCAAAGGAUUCUGGUGGUGCGCCGAGUGGAAGUCCUUCAGGAAAGGCAAGUGAAUCUUCACUUUCGGCUGCUUGGAUUGCAGGUAUAGCUGUUAUUGCUGUGUUUUUUGUUGCAGUGGUGUUGUUUGUGUUUUGUAAAUGUUAUGCUAAGAAUAGGCGGCAUGGGAAAUUCGGAAGGGUUAAUAAUCCCGAAAAUGGAAAAGUUGAUGUUAAAAUUGAUGCUAUGAGUGUUUCCAAUUCUAAUGGAUAUGCUGGAGUUGCGAGCGAGUUACAGAGUCAGGGAAGUGAGCGAAGUGACAUUCAGGUUUUUGAGGGUGGAAAUGUUACUAUUUCAAUCCAAGUUCUUAGGCAAGUAACCAAUAAUUUCAGUGAAGAUAACAUUUUGGGUAGGGGAGGAUUUGGAGUUGUUUAUAAAGGGGAAUUGCAUGAUGGAACUAAGAUUGCUGUGAAGAGGAUGGAAUCUGUUGCAGUGGGAACUAAGGGAUUGAAUGAGUUCCAAGCAGAGAUUGCAGUUCUAACUAAAGUUAGGCAUAGGCAUUUGGUUGCUCUUUUAGGAUACUGCAUAAAUGGAAAUGAAAGGCUUUUGGUGUAUGAGUAUAUGCCUCAAGGAACAUUGACACAACAUCUGUUUGAUUGGGGUGAAAAUGGAUGUGCUCCUUUGACUUGGAAACAAAGGGUAGCAAUAGCUUUGGAUGUAGCGCGGGGAGUGGAAUACUUGCACAGCUUAGCUCAGCAAAGCUUCAUUCACAGGGACUUAAAACCCUCUAACAUACUAUUGGGUGAUGACAUGAGAGCAAAGGUUGCCGAUUUCGGGUUGGUUAAAAAUGCUCCGGAUGGGAAAUAUUCGGUUGAGACAAGGUUGGCUGGAACAUUUGGAUAUUUAGCACCUGAAUAUGCAGCCACUGGAAGAGUGACGACCAAAGUAGAUGUUUACGCGUUCGGAGUAGUUCUGAUGGAACUGAUUACUGGUAGAAGGGCCUUGGAUGAUACUAUGCCCGACGAAAGAUCUCAUUUGGUUUCGUGGUUCCGUAGGGUACUAGUCAACAAGGAGAACAUCCCUAAGGCAAUUGAUCAAACACUCAACCCCGACGAGGAAACCAUGGAGAGCAUAUAUAAAAUUGCUGAGCUGGCCGGCCAUUGCACUGCUCGUGAACCAUACCAGAGGCCAGAUAUGGGACAUGCAGUGAAUGUCCUGGUUCCUCUGGUGGAGCAAUGGAAACCUACCAACCAUGAAGAAGAAGAAGGUUAUGGUAUUGACCUUCACAUGAGCCUUCCUCAAGCUCUACAAAGAUGGCAAGCCAAUGAAGGCACUUCAACAAUGUUUAAUGACAUGUCUUUCUCACAAACCCAAUCAAGCAUUCCUGCAAAACCUUCAGGAUUUGCAGACUCCUUUGAUUCAAUGGAUUGCCGGUAACAAAAAUGAUAAAAACACAACUUCUAAUUGCUUCUCAAUUGGAAUUGUGAAGGUUAAGGCGUUUUGAUCUAGCAGCAUUGCGAAAUUGUAUCACAAACUUCAUUUAUUUAUUUUUUUGGUGUUCUUGCAAUAUAAGUCUUGCUGUUUAUUGAUUUUUUAAAGCUAGCGAAUUGGUUUUAGUGGAUGAUUGGGAUUCUUAGAGGGAAAUAUUAUAGAAAUUAUAAUUGUAUGAUAUUAUUUAACAUCUUUUAAUCAGAAGAAUAUUUGAUGUAUUUUCUUGUGUUGUUUAGUGAGCAGAUAAUGAUGUUUUGUUCC